CAUUGCUUUAAAUCCUCAUAUAUAUAUACACACACAAAUUUACUUCUUUAAGCCCUUACACUCUCCGUCUCCAUCACCGAUGGAGACGAAGGGAUCGGGCGGAGGGUCCUCGCGGAAACCGCCUUCGGCGUCGAGGGCUUCAUGUAAUACCAUCGCCAAGGAAAGAGACGACCGCAUAGAAAGGAGUGAGGGGUUGUUAUGCGGCCACCUCCACCCUGCGCCCAGUGAGAACUUCUCUCUUCCCGCAUCAUCGCAGCUGAUCCAAUCAGGUUGCUGUUUCUGUGAACAACCUCCUGAUAAUGUUGAAUGCCAAAUUCCGUUAGCAUUUUCAGCGGCAACUAAAGAAUGGGGAACUGAUCAGAUGCUGAACAAUACAUAUGCAUUUCAUGCAUCAUCACUUUACAAUGGAAUCUAUCCAAAUAUCACUCCGAAUCAGAAUUCAUGGACUGAUCACAUGAGAAAUCCCUGUAGUACUCUCAUAGAAAGCUGCUCUUCAAUCAACAGCAACAAUCUUUAUAUGCAAUCAGAUGUCAGGUCUGUCUUGCGGGUGCCGCCGACUUUUCCGCCGCUCUGUCCUGCAUCAGAAAAAGGCAUGCUUAUGAAUUUCUUCCAAUAUGAACCUUCAUAUGCCAAGCAAAAUAAGAAUUCAGAGGAGUCCCUGAGAAGUAUGAGCUGCAGAGUAGUCCAGUCCAAAGCAUGCGAAGAGCCGCGAACUCAUCAAAUUUAUGGCCUUCCAAUUUCGCACAAUUCUAUGGGAAAGCGCGAUGAUCUUAAGUUUGGAGGUAGUGAAUUGCGACUACUUGUGCGCAAAGAGCUGACGAAGAGCGAUGUCGGAACUGUUGGUAGAAUAGUACUGCCCAAGAAGGAAGCAGAAGCUAAUCUUCCUCCCUUGAUUGAAAGAGAUGGAAUAAUGCUGCUCAUGAAUGAUCUAAUACUUCCUGUUGCAUGGAAAUUCAAGUAUAGGUUCUGGCCAAACAACAGAAGCAGAAUGUAUAUUCUGGAAGCUACUGGUGAUUUCGUGAAGGCGCAUUGUCUUCAAUCGGGCGACGUUUUCAUCAUCUACAGAAGCUCAGCGUCGGGGAAUUACAUUGUUACAGGAGAGAAGAGAGCUCGUGAAUGUUCGGCGUCUGCGAACACAUUCAACUGCAGCUGCAAGAAGGAAUGCAGCAAAAUUGGAGAUUGCGAGUCUCCGGCGUCGACAACAACUUAAAAGAUAGAGAGCGAAAACUUUCGAUUCGUAGCGAAUUGUGAUCAAUCAAAUAUAACCAAAAUUAAUACCUUAAAGAUUAGUUCAUACUGGAAAGAGUAUUGGAAGAAAAACUUAACUAGAUUUUCAUACUUUUUCCAUCUUUAGCAGAGAUUGGAAUAGAGUAAUUUUCCUUCUAAAGCUUCUUCAAAGUAUAUUACAAUGAUGGUCGAGU